UAAGACUUUCUAACUCCCAACAAACUCCCUUCCCUCUUCCUAUAUAUAACCAUACCCCAUCUUCUUCUCCAAAUCACGCCCAAUUGUGUAGGUCUAGAUCUGUUUCACCAUUAUUAUAUAAACUUCCAUUGGAAGGUGCAGAUCAAGGGAUGAAGUCGUUGUCAUCAAAGCUAUCAUCCAUGCACAGGAACUCGCAUAACUGCGGCAAGUCGUCGUCGUCGCAGCCCAAGAUACGAAUUAUUCACAUUAUUGCACCGGAGAUCAUCAAGACAGACGUGGAGAACUUUCGUGAUCUCGUGCAAAGGCUCACCGGCAAGCACGCCGCCGGCGAUGGCUGCAGCUCUAAGACGACCAACGUGGAAUCGCCGCCGGAGCGGAUGAAGAUGAUGAUGAGGAGUCACCUUGAUAGGAUGAAGGGCGAGAAGGAAGAUGAUGAACAUCAAGUAUAUGGAGGUGGUUUUGGAAUUAUGGAUGGGUUUGUUGAAGAUUUUUGUGAAUUGCCUGCUGCAGUGUUUCCUUUCAAACCGUCCAAACUCAAUGCAGUUUUUGGUGAGAUGCCACUUUUCUAGCUAACUACGCUAGCUAGGGUUUGGCUCAUCUGCUAGUAUAUCCUCACCGAUCACUAUAAGACUAAUUCAAAUUCGACUCCGAUCCUCUGCUUAAUUUGAGUUUAACGGUAAAAAGACAGAUUUCUUGAUCCUGAAGUAUUUAGGUUUGAUCUUGCUCAAAACCAUCGGGAUGAAUGGAGUUUGGAUCGAAUUAAUCUUAUUCUGUGAGAUGAAACAAGAAUUGAGUUUUAUGGUACAAAGGAUCUCUUUGACAUUUAAGUUAUGAGUUAUGACUUCAAAUCUUAUUGAAUAUAUAUUUAUUCAUGUGGCAUUAUUUAUAGGUCACUGUAUUAAGCAGUAAUUGUUAGCGUUUAGAAAAUGGUAAUGUGUUAAUAUAUUCAUGGGAUAGGAAUUGUUAUAAUAUUGUUCCGGUAAGGAGUUGAAUAUUUUGUUAUAUAUAAUGAUUUACUUCUGAAUUUUACCAUAUUAUCCUUUGCCCA